GGGUUAGUGUUCGAAUUUUGUUCUAAUGUUUACAAAAAUUUUUAUUCUUGAAUUGUACAAUUUUGUCCCGAAUUAGUUGUGCCCACGAAAUCCAAAAAACAUGUCUUACAGUGUCAACAUAUCAGUUGAGGCUACGAUCGAGAAUCAAAUCCAGGAAAUACAAUAUGAUGGAACAGAAAUAUAUCAACCCCCACUCACUUUGUCUGAGAGCCUCGCCAAAUAUGCUCAAAAAAUAGAUUUCAGUAAAACCUCAGAAGUAGACAUAAAAAAGGAAGAAUCCAGUGAAGAUUCAAAAUCAGAUACAGAUAGCAAAGAUGCAUUCCAGUCGUCUAUAUGGCCUUGGGAUUCAGUACGAACUAAGUUGAGGAGUUCCUUGCAAGAAAUUUGUGUAUUGGCAGAUGUUCUAGCUAUUGCAAAGGAAAAACGGUACUUAGUACUUGAUCCUGUUCAACAAGAACCCUUAGAAACAAAGCCUAUGGUGCAAAUUUAUGCUAGAAAGAAGGCUCUUGGAGGUGCUGCUAAUGUACUUUUGGCUGGUGCUGAAAAAAUGAAAAAUUCCCAGACAGAAGCUGCAAGAAAUCGAACUACCCUUGACUUCCACAUAGAGCUCUUAAGGCUUAGACAAAAUUGGCGUUUGAAAAAAGUAUCAAACACCAUAAUAGGUGAUCUCAGCUACCGUACUACAGGGUCUAAAUAUCUGCAAACUGGCACUUUUGAGGUAACAAAGGCAGAGGAUGAAGAAAAACCCAGCAGUCCUCCUAGUAGUCCCUUACCUGGGGGACCAAUUCCAUCAAAACCUAAUAGUGCUCUGAGAGUUUCUAUACCAACUGAAUUACAAGGAGUUGCCUACAUUGAAGUGUUGUGCCAGAAAGAUCAAGAAGAUCUCUGUAGUGUGAAUCUCAAUCUGAUGGGAACUGCACCUCCUCCUUCUAAUCCUGACAUGCAUUGGCAACAAAAGCUGGAGGCAGCACAGAAUGUGCUUUUCUGCAAAGAGCUGUUCAAUCAACUGGCUAAAGAGGCAGUUCAAUUACAGGCUCCUAUACCACAUAUGGUGGUGGGGAAUCAAAUUAUGGCAACAGUGCUUCCUGGAAUUCAACUCAUCAUUGGUCUUAGACAUUCCACAUCAGGUGAUAAAAAGCAACAGACUCCCCCUCCUUCAAAGAGUGACCAUGACCAUGUUUUGGAGCAUUCUUUGCAUCAGUUACUGAGGGAAGUUCACCAUAAGAACACCCAUCACCCAUUCCCACACCCUGCUACCGGGCCUUUGGGGCCAUCCAAAAAAAGGAUGCUUGCAGGCCCGCUGGCCGCCGAUAGACACGAACUGUUGGAGAUGACGAAAACGCAAACGCUACUCGAGCAGAUCGUGCAGCAGGCGCAGCACUUCAUCAUGCGCAUGCGCACCGAGUACGUGCUCGAUACCAUCGCCAAGGAGGUCAAGGACCCGCUCAUCUCCUCGCACUGGAACACUUUGAACAGCCCGACGCACUCCUGCGUCAAGAUCCACAUUUCGACGCACGGAUACGAUGCCGUGUGCCGCACCCCGUUGAUCAUCCACGUGGGGGAGAAGAGCCUCAAGUGCAUCUGCAGGGACGGCAAAGUGAUGAACAUGAGCUACGAGCCUCAGGAGCUGAGAGAUUUGAUUUUCUGUCACAUCAGCCAGCAUCAGAUCGUGGCCGUACAGGCGCUCGCAAAGACGAUGGGGUGGCAAGCUUUGGGGAAUUCCAAUCAUUUGGGUACGGGGGCGGUGGAGCCUUUGGGCAACUCCAGCUCCUGCCUGCUCUCCUCGCCCACCGGCGACCGCAUCAUCGCUGUGCGCUGCGAGCCCCAGGCGGGGCCCCAGGUCUCCGUCGCCCACUCGCCGCGCACCGACUUCUUCCCCAGCCGGCUGGUCACCGAGCGCAAGUGGGAGCACCUGGGCGGCCAGUUCAGGGACGUCAGGUUGGACAAGAUGGAGGGCAGGAAUUUUCUGCACAAGAUGGAGCUGCUCAUGGCCAGCCUGACCAGCAAUUCGUGAAGACGAUUCUUCUAGGUGGUUUAUAUUGCUAGAUGUUAGGCUGAAUGGUGGAAGGCGCUGUGAUGUGAUUCACCUCUGGUCUGUUCUACAAUUGAUUUGAGUUCACUUCCGGUAAACAUAAAUUGCGAAAUUACAAGCAACAGAUCCAUGCAUAUUUUGGUUUAUUAAGUGUUAAAUCACGCCAGUUCUGAUUGAUGGAAUUAUCGUCUAACCUUGUCUGAUCUGCUUCAGACAAGUGAAAGACAUAAUCUUCCUUAUAUAAAGUGAAAGACAUUUAGAAGACAUUUUCAUCAUGAUCAUGAUGUUCAUUAGUUCAUGAUUCUUUCAAGUAAGACAGAUUUCAUAUGUUCAUUCCCAGAUAAAAUGAAUUCUCUUGAUCUU